AUGGCUUCGCAGCCGCUUCGCUUGGUGCAUGCCAGCGACCUGCGUCUCGACCGCCCGCUGCACGGGCUGAGCGAGGCCGACGAGAAGCUGCGCGAGCUGCUUCGCGACGCGCCGCUCGAGGCGGCCGAACGGGUCUUCGACACCGCGUUGUCGGAGGACGCCGACGCGCUGCUGCUCGCCGGCGACGUGCUCGACUCGCGCCGGGCUUCGCCACGCGUCGUCUCGUUCCUCGUCGAUCAGUUCGAACGUCUGAACAAACGCGGCGUCUCGGUCUACUGGGCCGGCGGCGUCCUCGACCCGCCCGACGCGUGGCCGCGCACGGAGCGCUUGCCGGACAACGUGACGGUGUUCCCGGUCGGGCGCGUCGAAUCGCACGAGCUGCGGCGUGGCGACUCGAUCGUCGCCUCGAUCCAAGGCGUCAGCCGACACGGCGACCGCGAGGUCGACGCGAGCGGGUUCCGCCGCGACGCGCACGGACGCUUUACCGUCGGCGUCGCCUACGGCACGAGCGACGCGCCGGGCAAAGAAGGGGACCGCGUCGACUACAUGGCGCUCGGCGGGCGAGCACGCCGUGCGACGGUCGACCACGAGCCGGGCGUCGCCCACUACGCCGGUUCGCCGCAGGGCCGCUCGCCGGCGGAACAAGGACCGAGCGGUUGCACCAUCGUGCAGGUCGACGCCGAAGGCAAGGCGAAGACGCGCUUCGUCGCCACCGACAUCGUGCGAUGGCAGGACGAGACGCUCGAGUUCACCGUCGGCGUCACGGCCGAGCAACUCGGCACGCGGCUGCGCGAACGGCUCGACAAGCUCCGCGGUCGGGCGAAGGGCGUCCACCAACUCAUCGCCUGGCGGCUUGAGGGCGUUGGCCCGAUGGUCGCCGAGCUCCGCGACGACGGCCUCGCCGGCGAGCUGCUGCGAGACCUCCAGCGUCACGCCAAGGGCGAGCACCCGAUCUGCUGGAGCUACGCACUGCGUUGCGACUCACCCUACGAGCCGCCGCACGAGCAACUCGACCAAGAGACGAUCCUCGGCGACCUGCUGCGGCAGGUCGGCGUCCUGCGGCGCAACGAGGCGUUCGUGCUCGACCUGAGCGAACAACUCCCCAAGCCACUGCCCGACGCGUCGCUAGCGAAGAUCGCCGGCAUCGACGGCGCGGGCGACCGCGCCGACCUGUUCAAUCGCGCCGCAAAGUUGGGCGUCGCAUUGAUGACCGAAGAGGCCUUAAGCCUGAAAGCUCCCAUGAAGCUAACCGAUCUGCAUGUUGACGGGUUCGGCGUCUGGCACGACCUGCGUCUCCGCGACCUGUCGCCCGGGAUCACGGUCUUCUACGGCCCGAACGAGGCCGGCAAGACGACGCUGAUGCACUUUCUGCGGGCCAUGCUGUACGGCGUGACCGACGAGCGACGCGAGCGUUACCUGCCGCCGCGCGAGGGAGGCCGCCCCGGUGGCGUGGUCGGCCUGCUCAGCGACGACGGUCCGUUCAGCGCGUCGCGGUACGUCGAACGCGGCGACAACGACCGCGGCCGGGUCGUCGUGACGCUGCCCGACGGCGAAGAGCAGGGCGACCGACUGUUGCGCGAGGCGCUCGAGUCGGUCGACGAGCGCACUUACUGCAACGUCUUCGCCAUCGGGCUCGACGAGAUCAACGAGCUCGGCGCGCUCGAGGGCGCGGAAGCGGCGCGCUGGAUCUAUCGCCUGACGUCCGGCUUGGACCGCGUGUCGCUGUACGACGUGAUCCAAGGGCUCCGCGCGAGCCGCAAGCAGCUCUUGGGGCCGGACGGCGAGCCAUCGAUGAUCGCGGACCUGCUCGGCCGGCGUGAGCAGUUGCAGACCGACAUCGGCGAGCUGGCGAUCGGGUCGCGUCGUUGGGGCAAGCUGGCGAUUGAGAUCGAAGAGGUCGAUUCUCAGACCGAACAGCUCCAGACGGAACUCAAGGAGUCCGAGCGACACGCCCGGCGGAUCGAGAUCGCCCUGGGGCUCAAGCCGCUGUGGGCGGAGCGGGCGCGGGUCAUCGAAGACCGCUUGCGCUUCGACGGGCUCCCCGACUUGGGCGACAAGCCACUCGACCGGCUCGAAGCGAUCACCCGUCGCGGCGCCGAGCACCAGCGGCAACGCGACGUCGUGCGCGGCCAACGCCGGCAGCUGCACGCGGAGAUCAAGGAGCUGUCGAUCAACGACGUGCUCGGCCGCUCCUGCUGCCGACUCGACGCGCUGGGCGAACAGCAAGAUUGGCUCGCCGCGCUGGAGCGUCAGUCCGAGGAGCUGACCGAGGAAGUCGAACGCCUCGACGCCCGCGUCGAGUCCGAGGCGGCGCGGCUCGCGAAACUCUGGCGUCACAAGCCCGACCCCGAGGCGGCCCCCGAGCUCGACGACGAGGUCCUCGACACGCUCCGCCCCGCCAGCGAGGCGGUCCGCGAGGCGGAGCAGGUCGUCGCCGACGUGAAGCGCGAACUCGACGCGACGCGUGGCAACCAGCGGCACUACGAGUCGCAGAUGGAGUCGGCCCUCACGUCGAGCGAGAAGCUCGGCCUGCCGAACGACAUCGAGGAAGCGGGCGAGUUGGUCUCGAUGCUCCGCCGCCGCUUGAAGGCGGAACAGAAGGUCGAGCAACAACGCCGCAACGUCACGAACCUCGAAGGCGAGCGGCAGCGGCUGAUCGAGGCGCAGGUGCUCCCGAUCGAGUUGUUCCUGCUGCUGACGGCGGGCUUCGCCCUGGCGGCGGGCAUCAUCUUCUGGCCGUUCAUCGCGUCGGUGAACGCCGGCCUCUGGUUGCCGUUCGCCUUGGUCGGGGCGAUCGGCUGCUGGUUCCUCCGCCACGCCUGGGAAGAGAACCGAGCCAACCAGCUCGACGAGUGCCUGCGGCAGAUCGACGUCGCCCAGCGACAGGUCGAAGCGGCUCUGAAAGAGCAGGGCGUGCUCGAUGACGAGCUGCCGCUGCGUGAGGGGUCGGUGUCGGUGCGCCUGCAACACGCGGAGACACACCUCGAAGAGCUCGAACGGAUGAUGCCCGUCGAAGCCGAGCGGCGCAAAGCGACGCAGCGCACCAAGUCGGCAGAGGAGCUCUACCAGCAGGCGAAGGACGAACUCAAAGCCGCCGAGAAGGAGUGGCGUGACUCGCUCCGCUCGGUUGGCCUGCCCGACGAGACGACGGCGUCCGAACUCGAGAAGCUCGCCAGCCAGCACCGCGGCUUGGCAGAGCUCCGUUCGCGUAGCGAGGCGAAGCAAGAAGAGAUCGACCGCUGCGAACGCGAGUACGAUAAGGUCACCAAGCGGAUCACCGCGCUCGCCGAAGAAGCCGAACUCGUUAUCGAGGAAUCCGAGCCGCUCGAACAACUCGAGCACCUUCUCAGCGAGAGUCGGCUGCAAAAAGGCCGCGUCGAGCACCGCAAGAAGCUCCGCGAACGCGCGAAGGAGCUGAAGGAGAAGCAAGUCAAGCUCGAACAAGCGGCCGAACGGGUCGACGCGGAGCUGCACACGCUCUUCGCGACCGCCGGUGUCGACGGCGAGCAAGCCUUCCGACAGGUCGUCACGGAUCUGGAGGAGGCGGCCCGCCUCGACGAGACCCGCGCGCGGCUCACUCGCGAGAUCGCCGCCGCGAUCGGCACGUCCGGGACGGAGGACGACUUCCUCGAACUGAUGAGCAAGGGCGGCUUGCUGAAGCUCGACGGCGUCUGGGCCGAGCUGACCGCCGAACGCGACGCCUUGGAGAAGCGACUCCGAGAGCUCGCCGCGAAGCGGGCGAUGCUCGUCAAGGAACGCACGGCGAUGGUCGAAGACACGUCGCUCGCCGACAAGCAGGUCGAACUCGACCUGGUCGAGGGCCAACUCGCCGAGGCGAAGGAGCGUUGGCGCGAACGGGCGGCGGUCGGCUCGAUGCUCGAGCUGAUCCGCAGCGAUUACGAAGAGCACCGUCAGCCGGAGACGCUCAUCGAGGCGUCGCGUUACCUCGAGCGGCUCACGCGUGGCCGCUACACGCGGGUCUGGACCCCGCUGGCCGAGGACGUCCUGCUGGUCGACGACGCCGACGGCGAGUCGUUGGCGGUCGAGAACCUCAGCCGCGGCGCCCGCGAGCAGUUGUUCCUCAGCGUCCGCAUGGCGCUCGUGGCGACGUUUGCCCGACGGGGCGUGCAGUUGCCGAUGAUCCUGGACGACGUGCUCGUCAACUUCGACGACGGCCGCGCCCGGAUCGCGGCCAGCGUGCUCACCGAGUUCGCCACGGAGGGCCACCAGUUGCUCGUCUUCACGUGCCACGAGCACGUGUGGCGGAUGUUCCAAGACAUCGACGCCGACGUCCGCCGGUUGCCCGUCCGCUACGAGAUCGUCGACGAGGAACCGGUUGAAGAGGUGGUCGAAGAGGCGGCCGUUGAAGAAGUCAUCGAAGAAGUCGUCGAGGUUGUCGAAGCUCCUGAGCCGCCGCCGGUUGUCGAGCCGAAGCCGGAGCCCCAGCCCGCCUAUGUCGACGCGGAGUACCUGCCGCUCGAACCGGUCACCGAGGUGCGCCGCGUGGUCGAAGAGACGCCCGUCGUCACGGCCGUCGCCGCCGCCCCGGUUGAGGCGGCGGUCGAACCAUCGAUCGUCGCGGACGAGAUCACUUACGGAGCGAGCGCCGGAGAAGUCACCGGCGAAGUCGCCUACGGACAGCCGGCAUGGACCGGCGUGACCACGCCACUGCCUCCGGAGGCGUUGCCGGUCGCCAAUCAGCCUUCGGCAUACCAGACGAUCGAAGAGACCCCGCCAGAGAGCCCGGUCGACAACUCCUGGCUCGCCGAAGCGGAAGCCGCCUGGAGCGAGACGGCCGACAGCCGCGUCUAG